UCCGCUACAGCGCCUCCAUUUUGAAUAGCCAUGUAAUAUGGGAUUGGCAUAGUUAGUGUGUGCGUGUGUGUAUGUGUCGCCCGCUGAGCUACGUAGUGUCAACAAGCCACAGCCGAACAUCCCUCGACAUGGACGACCUGUUCAGCCCUCGGAGGAGCUUGAACAGCACUCAAGGCGAGAUAAGAGUGGGGCCAAGUCACCAGGCAAAGCUUCCCGAGCUGCAGCCUCGCCCCGUGCCCGCUUCCCACACUCAGACGGACAGCGAGGAGCUGAUGUGGACGCCUGGUGUCAAUGACUGCGACCUUCUCAUGUACCUGAGAGCGGCCAGGAGCAUGGCAGCCUUUGCGGGGAUGUGCGAUGGAGGAUCCACAGAGGAUGGAUGUUUGGCAGCGUCUCGGGAUGACACCACCCUGAAUGCUCUCAACAUGUUGCAUGCGAGUCAUUACGAUGCCGCAAAAGCUCUGCAGCGUCUGGUAAAGAAGCCUCUGCCCAAGCUUAUUGAGAAGUGCUGGUCUGAGGAUGAUGUGAAACGCUUCAUCAAAGGCCUCAGACAGUAUGGAAAGAAUUUUUUCCGGAUUCGGAAAGACUUCCUGCCAGGCAAAAAGACCGGAGAGCUGAUCACCUUCUAUUACCACUGGAAAAAAACUCCAGAGGCCGCAGGAACACGAGCUUACCGACAGCAGCGCAGGCAGCCGUCGUCUCGCAAGGCGAAGACCCGCUCUGCCGCAGCUCCCGUGAGCGCCCCGUCUCGAAAUUACUCAGUUGAUGCAAGUUCAGCCAGCGAAGAGGAGCUCGACAGCGAAGAUAGCGAGCAGGAAGUAAAGAGCUGCAGCCACUGCGGUACAACACGUUCUAAGGAUUGGCACCAAGGAGGAAGAUAUAACCCAUUGCUAUGCACACCCUGCCGCACGUACGAAAACAAGCACGGCUGUCUGCCGGCAGCACCCAAGUCCUCAGGAGCGUCCUUCAUGUUUAAGCCUGUCAAGGAGGAAGAGGAGGGGAACAGUAAACACGGCAUGAGGACGCGGCGAAGCAGAGCACCUCAGUUGUCAUCCUUAAGAAGCGGCCACAGGAGGCUCACGGGCUCCCCCACCAGAGAGGAUCAGCAGGCCAGCAGCCAAAAUUCACAGAGUGGAACGAGAAGUUCCACCGCAGACAGUAAGAAUGACUCCACCAAGAAGACUAACAAGAAAGUGAAAGAGGAGGCAGCCACACCAAAGACGAUGAAAAGGGUUAGGGAGAGUCCUCCUCAGGAGCCUGACGAGCCUGAAAAAGUCAAACCUAAAAGGCCAAAGACGCAGGUGAGAAAUGGGCGGCAAAAGCAGGAUCCGCAGGACUCUCGCUCGGAGUUGGAGGCCGAGGUAGAGGAGGAGAGCUCCUCAGAAAGCCGCAGCGCUCAGGACGACGGCAGCAGUGACACCAAAGACAUUGAUCAGGACAACCGCAGCUCCUCCCCCAGCAUUCCCAGCCCUCAGCAGGGCAACGAGAGCGACUCUGACUCGUCUGCUCAACCGAGCGCUGUCCCGACGGAGCCUGCUGUCCAGCCGGCUGCCCAGGCUGACCUAGCGCCCCCGCAGGUGCCUCCUUCUCAAGGUGCAGCUGUUAUUCCACCGCAAUGCACCCCCUCUGCUGGUCCUGCUCCUAGCCCAUCCCCUCCAUCUCCAGACACCACUGAGGCACCCCCCGGGGAGUCCACUGCCAAUUUAGGCCCAGGCAGCCGCCCAGCACCCAGCCCUCAUUCUCUCUCCGCUGCACCACCUCUUCCGCCAGCAGUGGACUCUCCUCUUUCUUCUGCCUUUCAGGUGCCACCUGCUCUCAACUCCUCGCAGCCGCCACCCACCCAGCGACCUCCACCCUUCUUUAGGGAGUCGCAGCCCCAAAUCAAGCCCCCUCCCACCACCCCGAUUCCACCCUCCCACAAGCAGACACCACACCAGUCUGCUCCACCCUUCCCCCAGAUGCCCUCCAACCUUCCCCCUCCACCUGCUCUCAAGCCCCUCAACUCUCUGCCCAACCAGCAUCUUCCAGGCGCACCCCCUCCUCCUCUCCAGCUCAUGCCACAGCCUCUGCCUGUGCAGCCGCUUUCCGGCCAGCUUCCGGUCAUUUCUCAGGUGCAGGCUCACCCUGGAAAGAGUACAAGCACCCCUCAUUCAUGCGGCACGCCCUUGCACCCCCUCGCCUCUGCCACUUCGUCCUCUGUCGGCCCUGUCCCGAGUCUGCAGCCUUCCACCUUCCCGCCUGUUCCACUCAGACCGUCGCCGAGCGCCACAGUGGGAGCGUCACAAGUUCAGAUCAAAGAGGAGCCGCUGGAUGAGAUCGAGGAAGCUGAGAGCCCACAGUCUCCACCUCGUAGUCCUUCACCUGAACCUACUGUCAUCAACAUGGCGAGCCACGCCAGCCAGUCGGCACGGUUCAUCAAGCAUCUGGAUCGCGGCUAUAACUCCUGCGCUCGGACCGACCUUUUCUUCACGCCUCUCUCCUCCUCCAAGCUGGCCAAGAAAAGGGAGGAGGCCAUAGAGAAGUCCCGGAGAGAGGCAGAACUUAGCGUUCGGCAGGAACGUGAAAGGGAGAAGGAGCGCGAGCGAGAGAGGGAGGCAGACAGAAACGCAAGAGCAUCCAGUUCCUCCCAUGACAGCCGCAUGAGUGAGGUUCAGAUGGCCGCUCAUGGACGCCCCGUGUUUGAGCAGCCGCCCACCACCGUCGCCGCCGUGCCCCCCUACAUCGGCCCUGAUACUCCUGCUCUACGCACGCUGAGUGAAUACGCCCGACCGCAUGUCAUGUCGCCCACCAACCGCAACCACCCGUUCUAUGUGUCUCUGAGUCCCGGGGACCCCUUGCUGGCCUACCACAUGCCCGGCCUGUACAGCGCCGAGCCCAGCUUGAGAGAGCGCGAGCUGAGGAACCUCCGUGAGAGGGAGCUCCGCGAGAGGAUGAAGCCUGGCUUUGAGGUCAAGCCUCCUGACCUGGAAAGCUUACACCCAUCAGCCAACCCCAUGGAGCACUUCGCCAGGCACGGGGCUCUGGCUCUGCCCCACAUACCUGGACCUCCUCAUCACUUUGCGCCCUUUCAUCCCGGCCUCAACCAUCUGGAGCGAGAGAGGAUGGUGCUGGCCGGGACUCAGCUGCGUCCAGAGCUGAGCUACGCAGAGCGUCUGACCGCGGAGAGGCUCCACGCCGAGAGGAUGGCCUCCGUGGCCCCCGACCCCGCCGCCAGGCUCCAAAUGCUCAAUGUGACACCGCAUCACCACCAACACUCGCAUAUCCACUCUCACCUCCACCUCCACCAACAAGACCCCCUCGGUCAAGGUUCAAGUCCUCAUCCUCUGGUGGACCCGUUGGCACCUGGACCACGUCUGGCCCGUUUCCCUUUUCCUGGAGGCCCCAUCCCAAACUCUUUGCUCACUGAUCUUCCACAUGACCAUGAGAUGCUGCGUCACCCUUUGUUUGGUGCUGCGUACCCUCGGGAGCUGCAGGGUCCGAUUCCUCAGAUGUCAGCCGCACACCAGCUCCAGGCCAUGCAUGCUCAGUCUGCAGAGCUGCAGAGGAUGGCCAUGGAGCAGCAGUGGCUGCAUGGGCAUCACCUGCAUGGAGGCCCACUGCCCAGCCAGGAAGAUUAUUACAGCCGUCUGAAGAAAGAAGGCGACAAGCCAUCGUGAGCUCCAUGCGGUGCACCUGUACUUGUCACCGAGUAAAGUCCUGUACGUCUUUGUUUUGAUAUAUUUUACAACAUAUAUGUGUAUCGAUAUGUGCAUUCCUCCUCCAGCACUUAACAGGACUGCUAAAGUCUGGCCAAGAUGUUCACUUUCUACUUUUAUGAGCCAUCUCACGCAUUCAUGUGAGAUUUCAAAGUGAUGGACUUCCACCAACUUGCUGUUUAACAGUUUCAUAUUAUGCAGCCACGCAACUUUGCUACAACGCAGCUCUGGUAAUCCGGAAGCAGACUUUGGCAAGACCUUAAAUAUAUACGAUUGUGUAUAAAUGAUUUCCUUGUACAGAAUGACAUUUAAACCGCUGUUUGAAUGAGUGUUAACGAACUAGCAUGACUCGAACUAGAGUAGCAAGUGGCAUCACGUCAUGUUUAGUCUUUUAAAAGCUAAUAGAGGUUGGUUUUACUCUUUAAUUCUGCUAAAUAUUUGUCUAAAUCCGAAAAUUUUAUAUAUCAAGAUAUCUUUUCACAGUACGACCUAAGCUUUAUUCACUCCUACCUUUUGAGCCUGUAAAUAUUAAAUGUUGACCAUAUUCUAUAUGAAUGAGUACUCUUAGCAGUAGAUGUGACCCUUGGUUAAUGCAGGAAACCUUAAGUUGUAACACUAUAUUAUAAUAAUAAUUAUUCAUUGGAACAUGAUCGGUCCCCACAGGAAAAGUUUGUCAUUUGAUACAAAUAAGAGAAUUGGAGGCAAACUGAAUCUUUUGAUUGAUUUUGUGGAAAAAAGAAACUGCCUUGAAAUUUAGUAUUUAUGUGACCUAAUAUAAAAAUGUAUCCAUUGCAUAUUUAUUUCAAUAAAUAUUCCGCAGUGACACCUUU